ACCUUUCUAGGCAGAAGCUCUUUCAUGGAGAAUUUAUAAAGUACCUGCAAGGACGAAAGAGGACAUGGACCGCAUUCCAUGACAUCGACGAGUAUAUUUCUGUUGACGAACGAGUCGUUUCCAAUGCCAAAGAGCGUAGCUCCACGCCAGGAAGCGUAAUGCGUACGAAUCCCAUUCCCGACGGCUGGAACGAAAGCUGUGCUCCAGUACCAAGGUGUCGAUUUUCAGCUGUGGAAAGCCACCCAGAAGAGGUGAGCGUGGGGGUCCCUUCUAUAAUCGGUGCAAACCAGCUCGAAACGCUUCGCUGGAUGUAUCGUUCACAGAAAGGUCGUGACGGUCUACCCAAAGUUGUCAAAGGAAUUUGUCCCAGGCAGAACUUUGAGCGCAGCUUUUUGGUGAUAAAUCACUACCUGGGUGACUGGAACGUGUAUUCCUUUCGAGAUGAUAGCCGAAAGGGAGGCGAGAAAAGUAGGCAAGUGUGGGAAUUCCGAACCAACGAGACCGAGGGUGGCUCGGCUGAUCAGAUCCGACCAUGGAUUGGCGGCUUUGUUGCUGCCAUGGGCGAAGAACGUGCUUUCCUUUUGUUGAAGGACGCCGGGUUGCCACAGAACUUCAAAGUUUUCAACAAAAAUGAAUGGAGAGUCAAAAAGUCUGCUGUUCACUCUUAUUUGAAAAAUGGGCUUGAUCCACAGCUCAUAGAUUUUCUAGAUCAGCACGCUGGUUAG